GAAAUUAUUGCGUCUAUGGGAUACACAAGAAACUACAGCGCUAGGUUUCACAAGCAGUAUCCAUUCUGGAAUAUUUAGUAUACUGUUUGGGUGUAUACAUGUAUUCUACGUGAUACUAGUGUUCUAGAACACGUACUCUUUUGUUUUCUUGUUUACGGAAUUACAAAACUUUGUCGCACACAGGAAAUAGUACGGCAUGAAGUUAACAUGAAGGAAAUCGUUGGAAUCUGGGUGACGUGGAACCUGAACAUCUGGGACCGCCCCGAGGAUUUCCUAAAGAAACGACUGACGAAAAACCCGACGUACCCUUUCAGGGAGGUUUCUCCUAACAACUUCGCCGUUGAGAUCAGGGACUGGAGACUUCAGUUCGGGUACCUGACGGCCAUCUUCGGUCUGGUGACGGUCUGCUCAUGGUACUUCAUCUUCGGAUACUUUGACGAGUAUUUUUUCCUGGUGACGCUGAGCUCCCUGGUCACGUGCCUGUACCUGAUCGGGUGUUUCCGUCAGCCCCGGAAACUCGUGCUGAACUCGGAGUCUCUGGAGUACCUGUGGUACAAGGGCGAUGAGCUGCUGUACCACGGUCACUACCACAACGUGUACCUCCGCCUGGCGGGACAGAGUACAGGCAGUUGUAUAUAUUACAAGCUGGUCAUUCGGGGAUACAAAAUUGAAGGACAGGAUUUAUGCAGAGCAACAAAGAACAAAGAGAAACUGGUAAAAUUUGGGAAACGUCUUGCCGCAAAACUCAACCUGAAUUUCUUCGACUACGAGGACUCUUCAAGUAACCAUGCUAUCCGUCACUACUGCCCUCCUGCGACCAACGGAAAGACUAGCAGCACAGCACGGUCUAUUCAGAGCGCCGCCUAACGGAUGUAUUCGGUAUCACACCACCUGCACUAACCACCACUUUGCCAGCAUCACGACACAACACAUGUACGAUGUGCAUUCAAAAAGAGUAAAAGGGUUAAUGUUAAUGUUAAUGUACAGACAGAAGCGACGACCCACAACGAUGUAAGCAAAUCUACAGUGUGAUACUCACGGUAUUUUGAAAUAAACUUCUGAAAGAAGCCACUACAGAUUUUUACAAUAUACAUGUACCGACAAUGAGAACAGAUUGAACGUGACAUAAUAAAGUACACAGUUUUAGUA